GGGAUGAUUUAAAAAGGACAGAUCGUUUCGACGCUUCAUCCUUCAGGACCAAAACUCUCCUUGUUCAGCUCUCAGUCAUGAUGAACGUUGGACUCUCCCUCCUGAUGAUCGCAGGCCUCCUGGACGUCUCUGAUCUCCAGUCGGAUCAAACCAUCCGGCAGUUCCGCCACGUCAGCCUGGCGAAGAACUGGAGCGACGCCCAGACCUACUGCCGGGAGAAGUUCUCCGACCUGGCCGCCAUCCUGAACGCCGCCAACGGCACCGAGGCCCGGCAGGCGGCGGGGACCUCCCGGGUCUGGAUCGGACUCUUUAACGGCACCUGGAAGUGGUCCCAGGAUGAGAACCAGCUUUCCCCCGGCAGCAGCAGCUCCAUGUUCACCGUGUGGAGCUUCAACGAGCCGCAGGACCGGAAGUGCACGUUGCUCAGUAAAACCGGGUUUUGGUUCGCCAAGGACUGUGGAGACCUGAACGAGUUUUUAUGCUAUGAUGGUUCCUCUGACAGUGACGUCCUGGUGAAGCAGAAGAUGAGCUGGUUUGAUGCUCAGGCUUACUGCAGGGAAACACACACAGACCUGACCACCAUCAGAGAUUUCACCAAGAACUACAGGAUGACCUCCCUCCUGCCUGACUCCACUUUCAACUUCCAGACCUUUAGCAUGACCCCCUCAGCGGUGGCCUGGAUCGGUCUGCACCGGUCCGACUGGGUGUGGUCCGACGGCAGCAGCGCCUCCUUCUGGCCCUGGGCCGCCCAGGCCACUACAGAGCAGACCGACUGUGUGAUGAUGGACUCCUCCAGCGGCAGCUGGUUCCAGCAGUCCUGCAGCGACAGCUUCAGCUUCCUUUGCAGCGAAGACGUCGUUCCGGCGGCGACCAGGGCGCUGAAGAUUCGUCUGGAGGCCGGAUCUGCAGACCUGAAUGACGCCGCGGUGCAGGAAUCCAUCCUGCAGCAGCUGAGGGAGAAGAUGGAGGAGCAGGAAGUGACGGAGGAGGUGAAGCUCAGCUGGAGGAUUCAACCUGACGGGAAGGUUUUCCACCGGCAGCAGGAGGAAACAGCGCCCCCUGCCUGCAAGGCGAAACCGUGCGACUCAGUUUAACACGACCAAGUCACUGGUUUGCUUUUCUUUAUUGCUGUUAUAGCUAAUAUUACCAAUAUUAACAUUCAUUCACAGGAUUAAUACUUUGUGAUUGUUUGCAUCAUUUGUUGAAAUAUGAAAGCAAAUCUUUCAUUAAAGCAGGUUGAAAAAUUCAAACUUUUCACUUUGUUCACUGUUGAAGCAUCUUUUAUUAAGAAACAUUGAGUUACCACAUUAUCAUCCUGUAUGAGUGUAAAAACACGACUCAGACACAAAUCAGAUUAAUGAUCCUUUAAUCUUCAGAUUAAUGGCAACAUACUGAAUACAAAAAUAUUUUUAAAAAUCGUCACAGUUUUAGAUGAAUAAAUGAAUCGUCUCCUGGAUCUGAAAGGUUCGGCUGACGAGAUCAGAAACUACAAAAACAGUCGUUUCAACAGACUAUUGCUCAGUUUAUCGGUUAAAUCUAGAUUAUGAAGAACAAUGAAUUACAUGAAGAUUAGUGGCAACAAACCUGAGUAUAAAAGUAGCUCAUUAUGAAGUCAGACAGACGGAGUCCACUUUGGUUGGUUGAUUACAAUACAGAAAUACACAAUAAAAAGACACAAACCCCAUUCUAGGCAGUGGCUCACUUAAGUGCCAAUAAACAGAUUAACUAAGAAGCAAUAAAAAUACAGGAUUACAUAAAAAUAUAAGCAUGUUAAUAAAAAAUGCUUCACAUUUUAAUGUAAUUUUUAAAAUAGCAGAAAGUUUGUCUAAUUUUGUUCUGCUAAAAAAUUUAUUUAUUUUUCAGUUGCUGUACGGAGGGUCAAACAUGACUAAAAUAUUAAUAAUAGUAUGACAUGUAAUAAAAUAAAACUGUUUGGAAUAAAAUUAUACAUAAUAAAAGAUUUCACUGUUUUAUAGCUAUUUUAUGCUAAUAUAUUUUUUGUAAUUUAUUUCAUUUACAGUUUAUGAUGAAUGUUACUUGUUGAUAUGAAUAAAAGUUUUUCAAAAGUUAAGUUACUUUAGCAUAAGCAACUAAGGAACAAUCCACAAUCCAUAUCGAUUAAUCUACUGUUGAUUAUAAAAAUUUUAAUGAAAGAAGUAAUUUGUGGUUUUCUAAUUUGUCCCAUUUGUUCUUCCAUACAUUCAGCUGACUGAACAUAUGGAAUGCAUUUACAUUUUUUCAUCAAUAAUUUGUAAAGCAAUCACAAUUACUGAAUGUGUUAAAAUUGAACAUUGAUGUUUUUAUUUAAUUUUUGUGGAUUUUUAAUUAUCAGUUAUUUUUUCUUUUCAGAAUAAAAUGUAGUUUAUCAGUUUUAUUGUUGCUGUUAGGAGUGCUGCACUGAACAAAUGUUUGAUAAACAGAUGUAGAUAAAAUAUUCAUGUGUUUCUGGCAAGACUAUGGCAUUACUUUGAUUUCAGUGACUGAAUGUUAAUGUCAUCAUUGGUCCUCCGUACAUUCACAGUAAAGCUCAUGAAAAAA